AUGUUUCGGUGGGUGGAAAUGUCGCUCGAGGCCUUAAGCCGGAUCAAGUAUGCGCCAGAUUUCAAGGAAACCCUCGGUCAACUCCCUGUCAAGCUAUCUGGUCUGUAUGAUAUCAUCCAUACACAGAUCCAUCAGACUGAGACCUACGGACGGAGUGUGGCUAUCAUGACACUGACAUGGUUGCUAUGUGCCCAGCGUCUACUGAGAGCAGAGGAACUUCUGGCCGCGGUUUAUGCCGUCGACAUCGAACCGUCAUCAGAGUCGGACGAGGACGACGACAAUGGGAAAGCAGGCUCUCCAGAGAACGAUAUUCUUCGACUUUGCCGCAAUCUAGUCGUCCUUGAUUCUGAACAGAAGACGUUCCGAUUUGCGCACCAAUCGGUUCGAGAGUACCUUUUAGGGAAGUCGGAAUACACCGUCAUGGGACAGCAUGCUCUAGCCACGAAGAGAUGCCUCGACGUGUAUCUGACCGAGCCAUCAUCGAGCUCUAGGGUUCCAAGGACUGUACCGCAGAGAAAUAUUCUAAAAGAUUAUGCCGACGCGUACUGGCCAGUACAUUACAAGUAUAUAGAGGAUUGUGAGUUCCACGAAAUCCAAGAAAUCCAAGAAAUCCAAGAAAAGGUGUCGCAUUUCUUGAUGAAAGGAUCAAGAACGUCACAUUUUUAUAUACAAUGGGCGUCAGGUAUCCGAUCAAAACCUGACAACGAGAAUGGGUCUUUUCUAAAUCAGGCUCUGGGGCUUGCUUGGGGCGAUCGUCUCGGCUAUAAACUACUUUUUGCAGCAUCUACACCUGAAACACAUAUCAGUGUAGCGUGUGCUUUUGGGCUUUCAAAAUUUCUGAAAGAACACGCGCUUUCCAUUAUGGAAUUGAAUCGCAGCCGAAAAGUGGGAAGAAAUGAGUAUACGUUUCUGCUCGUUGCUGCGGAAGAGGGUCAUGGUCAAGUGGUGCAGAUGCUGCUCGGCAAAGGGGCUGAUGUCAACGCUCAGGGUGGAUAUUAUGGCAACGCUCUGCAGGCAGCGUCACAAGGAGGUUACGAUCAAGUGGUGCAGAUGCUGCUCGACAAAGGGGCUGAUGUCAACGCUCAGGGUGGAUAUUAUGGCAACGCUCUGCAGGCAGCGUCACAAGGAGGUUACGAUCAAGUGGUGCAGAUGCUGCUCGACAAAGGGGCUGAUGUCAACGCUCAGGGUGGAGGCUAUGGCAACGCUCUGCAGGCAGCCUCACAAGGAGGUUACGAUCAUGUGGUGCAGAUGCUGCUCGACAAAGGGGCUGAUGUCAACGCUCAGGGUGGAUAUUAUGGCAACGCUCUGCAGGCAGCGUCACAAGGAGGUCAUGAUCAAGUGGUGCAGAUGCUGCUCGACAAAGUGGCUGAUGUCAACGCUCAGGGUGGAGACUAUGACAACGCUCUAUACGCAGCGUUACAAGGAGGUCAUGAUCAUGUGAUGCAGAUGCUGCUCGACAAAGGGGCUGAUGUCAACGCUCAGGGUAGAUAUUAUGGCAACGCUCUGCAGGCAGCGUCACAAGGAGGUCAUGGUCAAGUGGUGCAGAUGCUGCUCGACAAAGGGGCUGAUGUCAACGCUCAGGGUGGAGACUAUGACAACGCUCUAUACGCAGCGUUACAAGGAGGUCAUGAUCAUGUGGUGCAGAUGCUGCUCGGCAAAGGGGCUGAUGUCAACGUUCAGAGUGGAUAUUAUGGCAACGCUCUGCAGGCAGCGUCACAAGGAGGUUACGAUCAAGUGGUGCAGAUGCUGCUCGACAAAGGGGCUGAUGUCAACGCUCAGGGUGGAGGCUAUGGCAACGCUCUGCAGGCAGCCUCACAAGGAGGUUACGAUCAUGUGGUGCAGAUGCUACUCGACAAAGGGGCUGAUGUCAACGCUCAGGGUGGAGACUAUGACAACGCUCUAUACGCAGCGUCACAAGGAGGUCAUGAUCAAGUGGUGCAGACAAGUUCCGAAUCCACGACCUCAAAGAGAUCUUAA